AUGGCCAACAACCCCACAUUCAAACCAUCGCCCUUAUCCUUUGGGUCGCCGAGGGCAUCCCCGUUCCGGCGCCCGUCCACUCCAAACUCCCCACCCUCAGCCAGUCGCACAGGAGGCACCCCAGGGAGCUCUCCCAAUCGGGCAUAUACACCUAUGGUAUCUCCAAGCAAGCUCAAUCAAUCAUAUACAGUGGAGGAUGGUGAAUCGCGUUCUCCAAAGAGCGAGCGGCCUAUUCCCCAGCCGAACUUUGGCAGAGAGCUCCCUCCUUCCCCAACGAAAGGAGCGCGGUCGCCAGGCAGCUUGUCCCCGAUCUUUGGGACACGAACCGGUGGCUUUACCGCCCCAGCUGGCGAUGCGGCUGGAAAGCUAUCGGCGCAACAAGUGAGGGAGAUCAGAGAAGCUUUCCAGGUUCUCGAUCGGGAUAACGACGGGCUUGUGGACAAAGAUGAUGUGAUUGAUGUGUUGACAACUUUGGGCCAAGACUCGUCCUCCUCUACGCUCUCGCGCUUCUUCCCGCCAGGAUCAGACCAGACUAUGAACUUCCCAACCUUCUUAAAUACGCUUUCUGGGCUGAUGGCGUCAAUGUCGCCUUCACAAGAGCUUCUCAACGCUCUUGCCGCAUUUGAUGACGAUGACAACGGGCAAAUCGACGCCACCGAAUUACGUGAUGCUCUACUACAUACCUCCCCAGAAGACGGAGAGGAACGCUUGACUGAAAGACAGAUUGAUGAAGUCUUCAGUGGGUUUAUAGGACGCCCAGCAUUUAUUGGUCGAGGAGCGAAGUCAGGCGGAAUGGGUAAGAGGGGGGAGGUUUUCCAGUAUCAUGACUUCGUGCGCAGCGUCAUGGGUGGAGAGAAUGGAAAUAAUGCAAAGCGUGAAGGAGAUGCAGCACAUCCCUCCUGGGCCCUCGGCGUCCCGGGCCCCGACACACCCGCAUCGCCGCGAACCAUGCGAACCCUCCGAAAGAUCCAAUCCCACCAAGUGCUGUCAACCUCUAGCGCACUCAUUGCCCAAACCCAGGCAUCUCGCCAAUCUGGCUCUCACGAAGCUGACCCCGGAUCAGCAGCAACCCCUGGUGCUGCAACCCGAGCGCGCGCACAUCGCCGAGCUCGAUCAAAUAGCGACGCGGCUUCUCGUGAAGCUGCAGCAACACCACCUGUGACUCAGAGACGACCCGCGCGGAAAACAGGGUCGGGAAUUGGAAUAAAGCGAUCGCUUUUGGAAAACUUUUUGCGCGAUGGACCACAGAGUUCAGACCCCCAUGAGGGGCUACGAGAGCUCAAAUACCUCGUCCUAUCCAGCAGAGUCGAUGCUGACGGAGAUGGCAUGUCCCCAUACCGAAUCUACCUCUGGCUGGUCCUCCUCGACAUUCCUCCUAUGCCAACCGAUGACUACCUUGCUCUUAUCCACCGCGGCCGUUCUCCCGCUUACGCCAAAAUUCGCAAUGAUACUUUCCGCACAUUAGCUACAGACCCUCUCUUCAAACGGCGAGUCACGGAAGCAAGCUUAAUUCGACUGCUCAACGCUGUGGCAUGGAAACUCCACGAUUCCAGGCCAAAAUCCCGGUCUCGACCGACGUCAUCUCGGCGCCGUGAUAUGGAGCUUCUAGGCAAUGCACCACCUAGCAUUGAAGAGGAGUCCCCCUUUGGUGGGGAGUUAGAGAAGGUCUCUCAUAGUCCUACAACUGAUUCGGCCAUGUACGUCCAAGGCAUGAAUGUCUUGUGCGCGCCGUUCCUCUAUGCUGGCCGUAGUGAAGUGGAAGCGUUCGCUCUAUUCCAUUACUUUGUCACACGCGAAUGUCCAGGCUAUAUCCGCGGUGCUAUGGAUGGAGUCCACAAGGGUCUUCGUUUAGUCGACCGAUGCCUUGAGAUCGUUGAGCCUAAGCUUGCAGCAUAUUUGUUCUCGAAGGGCAUGCACGCCGAGCUGUACGCAUUCCCGUCAGUAUUGACACUCUGUGCCUGCACGCCUCCAUUGCCAGAGGUAUUGCAUUUGUGGGAUUUCUUAUUUGCAUAUGGACCACAUCUAAACAUUCUGUGCAUUGUCGCCCAACUAAUCCGUAUGCGAGACCUUAUUUUCGAGAGUCCGAGCCCAAACAAAAUUCUCCGCUCAUUCCCUCCCCUUGACGCAAAGGAGAUCAUUGCUUUGACCGUUCUCCUCGUCCGUAAGAUCCCAGAGGACCUUUAUGCAGAGAUGAUUAGCCAUGCGAAAUAG